AUGGAUAGAAAAGUCGGAGUGGUUUUAGUCUGCCUGCUCUUCCUACUCAUUGGGGAAGUUUCGGCGGUUGCCCAGACCGAGGUUGGUCAUGUGCGUGUAACACAGGAGGCACCAGAUCUGAAGCUAGAGGAUGCUGGUAGACAUGAUGUGUCCCAAAGUGGAAGGGUGUCGGUGUAUGUUGUUGCAUGGUCCACGCUUGCGAUGGCUGCAGCAACAGGGCUGGGAGCAGUUCCCUUCUUUUUCCUGGAGCUAGAGGCCCAAUGGGCGGGCCUUUGCAAUGGGUUGGCAGCUGGGGUGAUGUUGGCAGCAAGUUUUGAUCUUGUGCAGGAAGGGCAGAUGUAUGGCAGUGGGAGUUGGGUUGUUUUUGGGAUUUUGAGUGGAGGGAUCUUUAUUUGGCUUUGCAAGAAGAUUCUUGAGCAACAUGGAGAAGUAAGUAUGUUGGAUAUAAAAGGUGCAGAUGCAAGUAAAGUUAUUCUUGUUGUUGGAAUAAUGACACUCCAUUCUUUUGGCGAGGGUUCUGGUGUUGGUGUUUCCUUUGUUGGGUCAAAAGGAUUAUCUCAAGGUCUUUUAGUUACUAUAGCUAUAGCAGUGCACAACAUACCUGAAGGCCUGGCUGUACCGCCGGCUCGCUGUCUCCCAUCGAUGAAUCAUUGCCAACAUAUGUUCCUCCACACCUUUCUGUAUCCCGUCAAGGUCCUCAAGUUCUUCAUGGUCCACCCAACCUUCACCUUCUGCAACUUCCUCGCAGAUCCUGCCUGCCCACAAGGGCCAAGGCAAGUGUCGGGGAAGUUUGGCCCAUGCAACCACGUUCAUCAACUCUUGGGCCUUACCAAAAAAUUCUGUACCACUGUCCAGGCAGGACUCAUUUUCGUGCACCAGCAGUACAUAAGUUGGGACGUCAAGAAAGCCGCAAGCACUGUUGCAGGCAACAUUUACAACCCAGCGCUUCUGUUGGCUGGCGGGCUAGACAUACCCCAUCGCGAUAAGCUGAAUGCAAUACCUCAUUUUCCACUCCACCUUAUCUUACACGAUAUUAAUUUCGGCACACACCCCACACUCAAACUUGAAGGUCCAGGGUGCAUGAUAUGGAUUGUUAUUGCAGAGGUUCUUCCUGAUGCUUUUAAGGAAGCGACUCCAUCUCAAGUAGCCUCUGCUGGAACACUUGCUGUUGCUUUUAUGGAAACAUUAAGUACCGUGCUUCAGGGAUUCACGGAUGGCCACGGCUUGGAAGAUACAUCAGGCUUUUUGGUAUCACUUGUAUUUGGUCUUGGUCCACUUUUUGGAGGAAUUAUACUUGUCGCGUUCUCGCUUGCCUUCAACAUGCCACACCCUCUUCUUACUGGUGUAGCAUCUGGCAUUGCCUUCCGUCUUGCUUCAUGGAGGCCAUUGCAACUUGUGAUGUCCUUAAAGAUGGGUCUCUUCACCACCUUGUUCCUCCUGCUAGGAGGUUCCGUCUUCUACCAUCUCGUGGAAGCAAGCAUCCUUAUGGUUGCUAAACACAAGAAAUCAUCCGUCAAUGUCAUUACAUCUUCCAGCGGGCUCUCUCUUAGUGUCCUCACACAGCAAUCGCUCCUUGCUUGCGGUUGCGUCUUCCUUCACGCCUACGCCGAAGGGCUUGCACUUGGUGUGGCGGCACGCAAGGCAUCUGGUCUAGGCCGCUACAUGGUUCUUCCAGUCUCUCUUCACGGCCUACCACGGGGUGCUGCUGUUGCUAGUUGUGUAUAUGGUGCCACUGAUAGCUGGCGAGGAGCCUUGGCAGCUGCAGCUCUGACCGGGUUUGCGGGACCAAGCGCGGCCAUUGGUGCAAUCCUUGCGAAGAUUGGCUAUGAUGGACUGGACUAUUGGAUGGUGAUUGCAUGCGGGGCUUUGAUCCCGAGCUAUGGCCGUGUCUUCAGACGCUCGCUGCGGCUGGACGCGAGGAACAGCGUCUGCGGGCUCCUGAUAGGUUUUGGUUUUGCUUGGGUGUGCUUGAUGUCCACCAGAUUCAUCUGCUUGCACACCCCUUACUGCAAUUCAGCUCCAGAAGCGGUCACAUGA